UCUCAGCGAUGGAGCCCGAGGGGGGCGAGGGCGAGGCGGCGGAGGAGCAAGAGGAGGAUCAGGCGCAGGUGUACAUGACGUGCAUUCUACAAGGCAACCGGCUUGGCGCCGCGUACUACGAGCUCGAUUCAGCCACUUUGUAUGUGAUGGAUGCCUGGGAAGAGGAAAAUGCCGACUAUCCUUGCGUCCAGCUCGUUAAGUUCCAAGCACAGCCGGCGAUCAUCUAUACCAGCACAAAAAUGGAAGAGUCUUUUAUUGGCUCUCUUCGAAAGCAAGUUGACGAGGAGACACAAGGUGCGGAGGUAAAGCUUGUGAAGAGUUCUUACUUCAGUUACGAGCAAGCUUGGCACAGGCUAAUGCAGCUCCAGCUACGUGGAAUGCAUCGUGAUUUGCCGCAAAAGGAGAGAAUCCAUUAUCUGAACACUUUGAUGAAUCUCGAGAGUGAGAUGCAAGUUCGUGCUGCUGGUGCGCUCAUAGCGAUACUACAGCAGGAGCUGAUGCCUGAAUCGUCAGAUGCCGAGGAUGGCGUUUCGAGAUUGCGCAUAUUCAACGUGUCGGAGCUGUCCCUGAAUGGAUUUUUGAAUCUCGACGCGACGACUUACGAUGCACUACAAGUUUUUCAAGUCGACAAGCAUCCCAGCCACAUGGGAAUCGGCAAACCAAAAGAAGGGUUUUCCGUCUUCGGUAUGAUGAAUAAGUGUGUAACGUUAAUGGGAAGACGGCUACUGAGGACGUGGUUUUCCCGACCUAUACUCGACUGGGCUGCAUUGAACGACCGUUUGGAUACUGUAUCCUUUGUGGGCCUUCGCUUUCUCGAGUCAUUGACGGAGAAAAAGAUAUCGGUCCUGAAGUCAUCACAUGAUCUAACUCAGUUGCUGCAAAACACAAUGAAGCAAGUGAAAAGUAUUCCGCGGUUGCUGCAGAAGUUUGCAUCACCGAGCUUCCUUUCAAGUCGUACGGACUGGUCGACGUUUCUAAAAAGCAUCAAUGCACUUAUUGAAAUCAGGCAAACUCUAGCAGCUUUUCUUUCAAGCCGGCAAGACAGAGUGCAAAUCUCCAACCUGGAGAUAUUUCAAAAGGUGUUUUCAACCGUUACGGAAGAUUUUGCUUAUGUUAGCGACCUGGUCAAGGGAGUUCUUGAUUUUGAUCAAACCUGUGGCGAGGCCUGUGAUACAUUUGUCGCGCGUGGUAUAUGUCAAGAACUAGAUGAGUUGAAAGCAAUCUACGACGGUCUUCCACAAUUCCUGGACGAGAUUGCAUCAUCGGAGAUUAAAAAGUUACCACAUCAGAGACAAGGCUCCAUAGUCUAUAUUCCACAAGUUGGGUACUUGAUGUGUUUCCCUGGCGAGCUUAAGCCAGAAGUGCUAGAGAUAGCUCCAGACUUCCAACUCGCUUUCAAAAGUGGGUGUGGCAACGACGAGGAAUUUUUCUAUCACACAACCAAAACCAGGGAACUAGACGAGGUGCUGGGAGAUAUUUACUACAAAAUUCUGGAUAUGGAACGCGCCAUUUUGAAGGAGCUGGAGUCUAAAGUGCAAAAGUACGAACCCGCAGUUAGAUAUUCAGCGGACUUGACUGCGCAGCUGGAUUGUCUCGUAUCAAUGGCAAUAAGCGCAGGCGAGUAUAACUACAACAGACCUCGACUCGUUGAAGAUGACAUACUGAUAAUAAAGAACGGAAGGCAUCCUUUACAAGAACUGACAGUCGAUACGUUUGUUCCAAACAACACGCAAAUUGAAGAGAAAGGUUGGACAAUAUGUGUCUGUUUGAUGCUGAUUUCUUUGUCUACAGGACGAAUUUGUGUUGUAACUGGUCCAAAUUACUCCGGGAAAAGCGUCUACAUCAAGCAAGUUGCGCUUAUUGUCUUCCUUUCACACAUCGGGAGCUUUGUGCCGGCAGACGAGGCAGUGAUCGGCAUUACAGACAGAAUCUUUACUCGGUUGCCAUGCAAGCAAUCUACCAAGGUUCCUCAGUCAACUUUUAUGACUGACCUCCAUCAAAUAUCAGUAAUGCUAAGAUAUGCAACUUCAAAGUCGCUAUGCUUAAUUGACGAGUUUGGCAGUGGCACAAUGUCUGCAGAUGGCAUUGGUCUUCUAUGCUCAACACUUCACCACUUUGCUGGUUCUGAAUCCUCGCCGAAGAUUCUGGCAUGUACACAUUUCAGUGAAUUGUCGGAGGGAUGUUUUCUGCCCAAGUCGCAAAGGAUAGCUUUCUAUACGAUGAGCAUCCUAGAACCGACAGGCAACAAUGGCGACCCCAACCGACUGGCAGAUAUCGUCUUUCUUUACAGACUUGUCCCGGGAUACCAGGCCCCUAGCUACGGCCUUCACUGUGCUGAACUUGCUGGUGUCCCUCAUGAAAUAAUCAACAGAGCAGCAGAGAUACUGGAGUCCAUGAAGAUGGGCAAACCUAUCCAUCGUCUUCAAGUUCCAAAAAUUGUUGCCAGGGAUCGUGAAUAUCAGGAACUUGUAGACCAGCUGGUAGCUUUCGACUGUAAAAACGGGGACGUGAACAAGUUCUUGCACGAGCUUUUGUCGUUCUAAACCAUCGGUUAUAGGGCCACGUGGACGGUCGGUUGGCGUUCGCCAUUCCUCGUCCAUGCCUGUUCGCAACGUGAAUGAAUAUCCACACAUUGAGGUGGGCAUACUUUUGCAAA